UUCAUGGAGAAAGUUCAAAAUGACCGACUUGUUCAAAAAGCCCCCAUGAUUAUUAAAAAAUAUAAUAUAUAAAAAACCCUCUUUCCCGUUUUCUUUCAUUUCAAAUCCUCUCUCUUCUCUACGCGUUUCUUCUCCUGAAUGUUGAUCACCUAAUUCAUUCUGAUUCUGUAGCUAGAGCUCUAUAAUACCCUUCUCUUACCCCUUUUUUUUUUUCUUGAAUUUUUCUUACCCAGAUUUUAGUUUCUCUCUUUCUAUCAGAUAUUAGGUUUCUUGUUUUUAUUUCUUUGCUAUUGUUUAAAGUUCCAAAUAUGAAAAGGGGUAAAUCGGAUACCAGAUUGGAUAAAUUUGACGUGUUUGUGUCCUUAAGCAGGCAAAGAUCGAUUCAAAUCCUGAUUGGUGUAGGUGUUUUGUAUAUACUCCUUGUAACUCUAGAAAUCCCCUUUGUGUUCAAUACUGGUUUUAGUGCUGUCUCUCAAGAAACCCUGACUCGCCCUUCUCUGCUUCAAAGCGAAGAGGAUUUGCAGGAUAAAGAUGCUCCAACUCGGCCUCUUCUAUGGGUUUCUCACAACUCGGGCCAACCAACUCAGUCCCAAACCAGGGUUGGAAGUUACAAGAGACCUCCCGUUAAUAUUUUGUCAAGUUUGAAUUUUGACCCGAAAACAUUUGAUCCCACUAAAAAAGAUGGGUCGGUGGAGCUCCAUAAGAGUGCUAAGACUGCUUGGGAGGUGGGGAGGAGGCUUUGGGAAGGGAUAGAGUCCGGUAGGCUUCAGGUUUCAAAAGUUAACAAGCCCGAGAACCUAUCCGAAUCAUGUCCUCAUUCGGCUACGCUCUCUGGUUCGGAGUUUUUGAAGCGAGGGAAGGUAGUAGAGUUGCCGUGUGGGCUGACAUUGGGUUCACACGUGACGGUGGUGGGGAAGCCGAGGGGGGCCCACGCAGAGAAAAACCCAAAGAUAGCGCUGUUGAAAGAGGGGGAAGAGCCGUUGAUGGUGUCGCAGUUUAUGAUGGAGUUGCAGGGUUUGAAGACAGUGGAAGGCGAGGACCCGCCAAGGAUUCUGCAUUUCAAUCCGAGGUUGAGAGGAGAUUGGAGUGGGAAGCCGGUGAUUGAGCAGAAUACUUGUUAUAGGAUGCAGUGGGGGACUGCCUUGCGUUGUGAGGGUUGGAAGUCUAAGGCUGAUGAGGAAACAGUUGAUGGUCAAGUGAAGUGUGAGAAGUGGAUCCGUGAUGAUGACAAUCGCUCAGAGGAGUCAAAGGCCACUUGGUGGUUAAGCCGGCUGAUAGGUCGAACUAAAAAGGUUUCUGUUGACUGGCCAUAUCCUUUUGUAGAGGAAAAGCUGUUUGUUCUAACACUCAGUGCGGGUUUAGAGGGUUAUCAUGUUAAUGUUGAUGGGAGGCAUGUCACCUCUUUUCCCUAUCGCACUGGUUAUACUCUUGAGGAUGCCACGGGGCUGACGGUGAAUGGAGACAUUGACGUUCACUCUGUAUUUGCUGCUUCGUUGCCCACCACACACCCUAGUUUUGCUCCUCAGCAACAUUUAGAGAUGUCACACAGAUGGAGAGCACCACCUCUUCCUGAGGUUGCGGCAGAACUUUUUAUUGGUGUGCUCUCUGCAGGCAAUCAUUUUGCUGAGAGGAUGGCUGUGAGGAAGUCUUGGAUGCAGCAUAGGCUUAUUAAAUCAUCUAAUGUGGUAGCUCGUUUCUUUGUAGCAUUGCAUGCCAGGAAAGAAGUGAAUUUGGAGUUGAAGAAAGAGGCAGAAUUUUUUGGUGACAUUGUUAUUGUGCCUUACAUGGACAAUUAUGACCUUGUGGUGUUAAAAACUGUUGCCAUUUGUGAAUACGGAGUACGCACUGUGCAAGCGAAGUAUAUUAUGAAAGGUGAUGAUGACACAUUUGUUAGAGUGGAUGCAGUCAUUGAUGAAGCAAGGAAAGUUCCUGAGGGUAGGAGCUUGUAUAUUGGAAACAUAAAUUACUAUCACAAGCCACUUCGAUAUGGUAAAUGGGCAGUGACAUAUGAGGAGUGGCCAGAAGAAGAUUAUCCACCCUAUGCAAAUGGCCCAGGCUAUAUUUUGUCCUCUGACAUUGCGCAGUUCGUUGUUUCCGAGUUUGAGAGACAUAAGUUAAGACUGUUCAAAAUGGAAGACGUGAGCAUGGGCAUGUGGGUGGAGCAGUUCAACAGCUCAAAACCUGUGGAUUACUCGCACAGCUUAAAGUUCUGCCAGUUUGGAUGCAUCGAUGGCUAUUUCACUGCACAUUACCAAUCUCCGAGACAAAUGAUCUGCCUUUGGGAUAAAUUACGAAAGCUGGGAAAGCCCCAAUGCUGCAACAUGAGAUAACAAAUCUCAACGCCUGUUGGGGAAAAGUCUAAGUGCUGGGACAUGGAAUUAUGGUCACGAUAACACUUGGUGACUCGAGCGAAUGUGUGCAAUGCGACAAUGAUCAGAGUCUUGGAUUGUUAUUCUGGAGAAAAGUCGAGAAAAGAAAAGUUCACAGGAAGAAGUUUUGCAGUGAUAGCAACAAAUAUUGUAUAUUCUGUGAAGAAGUUGGCUUAGUUAUUUUUCUAGGCAGAACAAAUUGCAGUUCAAAUUCUUUCAUUAGUUUUCCUC